CGCUGUCAACUGCAAGUGGCGCGCCUCUCGUUACCAGUACCGUAUCCUUCUCACCUUCUUGAAUGAGAACCAUCUAUUUGUCGCCGUGGUCUGUCAGGCUUUUCUCGGCGUGCCAACUCGUUCCAUCGCACACUGCACACCCUGCUCGACCCUGCCACCCUCUAUCACUGACAGAUCUACCAGCGCUUGGCGGGUGCUUGGCCUGAACACUGAAUAGAGCUAUCCGCAACCGGACGGGUUGCCCAGCACUGGGGACCUCAAUUUGCCCAUCUACCACUUUGCACUGUAUCACCACCCGGACCUUUUCUCUUCUUCUUUCUCCCUCGGUACUGGCAUUGCAUUUUGCUUAGGCCCUCUGGCGAAUGGCUGCUACCAAGAUACGUCAGGCCUUCUACCGGACACUUACUAACGACCGAGAACGAGAGCGAGAACGAGAGGGAGAUCAACGGGAAGAGUCCUCCAUGCCUGCGACUACCAACCCUGGCGGUCCCAACGGUCGUACAGUUGAUCCAGAUGAGCGGACAAGUCUGCUGAACAGAUGGGCCUCGACGCACUCGGGUACUCCCUACCACAAGCAUGACAAGAAGGCGAUCCGUUACCCAUUCCUCGUCCUACACCUGACAUGGGAGAUACUCAAGACAAACUACGUGAAUGUGUUGCUGGUUUUUGUUCCGAUCGGAAUCGUCGCGGGACUGGCAGGUUGGUCGCCUGUGCUGCAGUUUGUGCUGAACUUCAUUGCCAUCAUACCGCUGGCAAGUCUGCUUGCCUUUGCGACGGAAGAGCUUGCGGUGCCGCUGGGCCAGACUAUCGGUGGGCUGUUGAAUGCUACGUUUGGGAACGCGGUGGAACUUAUCGUCAGCAUUAUUGCCCUGCAAAAGAACGAGAUCCGCAUUGUCCAGGCCAGUAUGCUGGGCAGCAUCUUGUCCAACAUCCUGCUCGUGCUGGGCUGCUGCUUCUUCGCUGGCGGAUUGCGAUUCAAGGAACAAACGUUCAACUCGACGGUAGCUUCCACCAUGUCCUCGCUCAUGACGGUUGCGACCUCGAGCUUGAUCAUUCCCGCCACCUUGUACGCCGUCAUGUCCGACAACAAAUCGCAGGAUGAUAACAUCAUGAUCUUGUCAAGAGGAACUUCGAUUAUCCUGUUGGUCAUCUACGUCGCCUACUUGUACUUCCAGCUCAAGUCGCAUGCGGACCUGUUUGAUGAUGCCGAGGCGCAGGAGGCAGCGGGAGAAGACGAGCAAUUGCUCGGACCCUGGUCUGCCGGCGUGCUCCUCGUCGUCGUCACGCUCCUGGUCGCCGUGUGCGCCGAGUAUCUGGUCGGCAGCAUCGAUUCGAUCGUGGAGAAGGCCCAUAUCAGCAAGACUUUCAUCGGUCUGAUUCUGAUUCCCAUAGUUGGCAAUGCGGCCGAGCAUGUAACCGCUGUGGUUGUCGCUUACAAGAACAAGAUGGAUUUGGCGAUCGGUGUGGCUAUCGGGUCGAGUCUGCAGAUUGCCAUCUUCGUGACCCCCUUCCUUGUGGUGCUUGGAUGGAUCAUGGACCGGCCGAUGACACUGCACUUUGAGACGUUCGAGACAGUCUCGUUCUUCUUGGCGAGUCUGGUGGUGGUAUUGCUCAUCCAGGACGGCAAGUCAAAUUACCUCGAGGGACUCCUGUGCUUAGGCAUGUAUACCAUCAUUGCUCUAGCGUUUUAUGUGCUGCCGGACGAUGCAGGAACUGGGGUGAACCUGGGGAAGCUGUUCCAUGGGAACGGUGGAAAUUGAGCGUGCGAUCGAGCUACCUCGAUUAGUGACGAAAGUUGGCAAUUCUCGUUUGUAUAAAUUCUGCUUUUUGUGGUGGGGAUCAAGAGUCAGUGAUCAGAUUGAAGACUGCUUGGAAGGAGGAUAUCAUCAGAUCCAAGCAAUUAACAAAAUUGUUUCUUUGGGAUGGAGUACGGACUCGGAUGCCGAUGCUCCUUUUCAGAAAUAUCUUGAUACCCUGGAGACAUCCAUCAUGUAGUUUGGCUUGUAUUGAUACUCGUACAAAAGUGAAUGAAAAGCGUACUUGAAAAUACA